GGAGGGAUCAUUUAGUGUCCUCUCCUUUCCCCUCCCAUCCUAAUUCCAAGGGAAAGAGGACACAGGUGCCUUCCAGAGACACACCUGCCUCUCUCCCACCUCCACCUCACAGAUGCAUUAAGAAGCCUCAGGCGCGCAAUGGCAGGUUCUGGUGAGCGCAAAAGCAAGAAAGAUGACAAUGGCAUUGGGACGGCCAUCGAUUUUGUGCUCUCCAACGCCCGGCUGGUGCUGGGGGUGGGAGGAGCAGCCAUGCUGGGCAUCGCUACACUGGCGGUUAAGCGGAUGUACGACAGGGCGAUCAGCGCCCCCACCAGCCCCACCCGCCUGAGCCAUUCAGGGAAAAGGAGCUGGGAAGAACCAAACUGGAUGGGCUCUCCCCGACUGCUCAAUAAGGACAUGAAGGCAGGCCUGAGCAGGUCCCUGCAGGCCCUUCCCACAGGCUCCUCUGCCUUCGACACAGAUACAUUCUGCCCGCCCCGGCCCAAGCCAUUGGCCAGGAAGGGCCAGGUAGACUUGAAGAAGUCACGACUCCGCAUGUCCCUGCAGGAGAAACUUCUCACUUACUACCGGAACCGGGCGGCCAUCCCUGCCGGCGAGCAGGCUCGGGCCAAGCAAGCUGCUGUGGACAUAUGUGCCGAGCUCCGGAGCUUCCUGCGGGCCAAGUUGCCUGAUAUGCCACUUCGGGACAUGUACCUGAGUGGCAGCCUCUAUGAUGACCUGCAGGUGGUGACAGCCGACCACAUCCAACUCAUCGUGCCCCUUGUGUUAGAGGCAAACCUGUGGUCGUGUAUCCCCGGGGAGGACACCAUCAUGAACGUCCCUGGCUUCUUUCUAGUUCGCCGGGAGAAUCCAGAGUAUUUUCCUCGCGGUAGCAGUUACUGGGACCGCUGUGUAGUAGGGGGCUACCUUUCUCCGAAGACGGUGGCAGACACGUUUGAGAAGGUAGUAGCUGGCUCCAUCAACUGGCCGGCCAUCGGGUCCCUCUUGGACUAUGUGAUUCGACCAGCCCCGCCCCCAGAGGCCCUGACUCUGGAAGUGCAGUAUGAGCGCGACAAGCACCUCGUCAUUGACUUCCUGCCAUCCGUGACCCUUGGUGACACUGUCUUGGUGGCCAAACCACACCGGCUAGCCCAGUACGACAACCUGUGGCGGCUGAGCCUGCGUCCUGCUGAGACGGCGCGCCUGCGGGCCCUGGACCAGGCCGACUCUGGCUGCCGCUCCCUGUGCCUCAAGAUCCUCAAGGCCAUAUGCAAGUCCACUCCGGCCCUGGGCCGCCUCACUGCCAGCCAGCUCACCAACGUCAUCCUCCACUUGGCCCAGGAGGAGGCUGACUGGUCCCCGGACGUGCUGGCCGACCGCUUCCUGCAGGCCUUGAGGGGGCUCAUCAGCCACUUAGAGGCCGGCGUUCUGCCCAGUGUCCUGAAUCCCAAGGUGAACUUAUUUGCAGAGCUCACCCCCGAGGAAAUAGACGAAUUGGGAUACACUCUCUAUUGCUCGUUAUCCGAGCCAGAGGUGCUGCUGCAGACGUAGGGCAGGUGAAGGCCAAAGCAGGUGUCGGGUGCUCAGGCCCCCGAUUCUCCGUUAGAAACACUUGGCUACAUAGUUGGUGCCUCACAGGGUCCCUAGGUGCCUCCUGUCUUGCUGGUCAUCCCCCUGGUCACUUCAUGCUGAUUAGAAUGACGUUUCUGUCUCCUCUUUUCUCACCUUCCCUUUUCACUUUUGUUACCAAACACUGUGCUCCCUACUCUUCCCCUCCCCCAUGCUCCAGGCCAGUUUUCCUUGAAUGAAUUGAGAAGGUGGAGCCCUGGCCUGAGCUGUGGCGACCACUGGGUAUUUUGCAUCUUGGCCUAGGUCUGUUUGUGUCGGCAGUGCCGCCUGCUCCUCUUAGGUGUCUGCUCUGUCUUUCCUGCCUGUUCACAUCUUCUUUGUUGCUCUUUUUUCCUGGAGCGCAUCUGCCUAAUUAAGAUGUUGCCUUGCAGUUGACUGUCACUGAAGUUAGGAUUGCAUGUUUCAAACUCAACUCUGCAGGGAGUGCUCAGACAGUAUUUAGGAUUUCCGGGGAUAAAGCUGGUCUUUGACCCAAGUUCCUGGAAAAAAGAAGCCCACCCCCACCUCUUGACCAAUUCAUAUCCAGAAGGACCGAGGUCUCCUGGGCACACUGUUGGCUGCUGCACAGGGGAGUGAGGGCUCACGAUAAACUGGAUGCAGAGUUAUCCGGAGACUGUGUUUCUCCGUGGCCAUCAGUGAGAGUGCAGGUGGGCGAACCUGGAGGUGGCAGUGGAGUCUGUGUGCCUGAUGUCUGUGCCUCACCUGGGGCUGCUCACAUCCGGCGCCGCUGGCUGUAGGUGUCAGAGGGGACGGAAGGGCUGCUGUUGGCCCCUCCCAGCCAUAUUGCCAAUGAGGACAAGGCCUUCAAAGACACAGUCUUAGUGCUCGAGGUUGAUAGGCAGCUGAACAUCAAUGACCACAUUCCUCCCUGUCGGGCCUGCCUUUCUCAGAUAUUGCCUUAGUGCAAGAACGGGUCCAAGAGCCAGCCCUUCGAUCCCCAGCGUGUGCCAUAAGAACAUGAGGGAGUGUCUGCUGAACUCUGCAGGCAUCACCAGAGGCCAGAGGGCAGGCAGACAUGCACAGACCUCCUCCCUCCAUCCCGUCUCUCACCCAGCACCUGGGGAGAUCGGUGCUACCCAGGAAGAGCACAUGGCUAGAACACAUGAGAGGGAGGUGGGUACUUCCCACAUUCCUUCUUGUUUCCUGCUGCUAAAAUUGCACUGUUUAUUGCAAUGUAAAAAGUAUCCUGAGAGUGGGGAGGAAUAUUUAAUAUACAAUGUCAGUACAUCUUGUUUUGUGUGGUUUUUUUCCUGUUUGUGGCAGGAGGCUGAUAAUUCUAUUUCUGAUCUGCCCAUCCAGUAUUUUGUUUCUCUCAUCAAAUCUUAUUUUUAUUCUUACUACCUCUUCAUCAAUGAGAUUCUGGUGAAGCUCUCCGCAGCUGUCUCAUUCCUUGCCAAUGACAGUGACAUGAAAUGACUUUAAAUAGCAUUGAAACCUUAGCUUCCCUUUGAAUUUAAGGUAGAGACUCCUGUCCCCUUUUUUGUCAUGGUUUAGUGGGUUGAGCAGUAGGGUUAACAUUGGCUAUAUUUAGAGAGUCUUCCUGUCUCUUCUCUGACAUACGUGCAAAGGCUCCCUGAAAUGGUUCAGUUGUUCCCUUUGUAUGAAGACAUUGAGAGAGAAUGAAAAACACAACAGCCCAGAACCCUUAGAGAGGUUCUCUAUCUUGGCUAUUCAUCAGAGUCAAACUGGGAGUUUAAAAUGCUCUGUACGCCUGAGUACCAUCCAGGGUGACUGGUGUAGCGGGUGUGGGGUGGAGCUGAGCACUGAUGCACCCAUCUGCUGUCUUUAGAAGAAAAGGAAGGAUAGGGCUAUGAGUGUUUGAGAAGCAUUCCUUCUUGUUUUUCUUCAUUCAGAGAAAGGAUCUGGUUUUCCCCGUGUGAAUAUUAGAAAACCUGGAAUUUUCCCAAGCAGGUGUCUCUGACCAAAUUCUAUAGAAGACAUUGGAUGGAGACUCAAAAAACAAAAGACUUUAAGGACCGGAUCCCAAAUCAUCUAAGCCAAGUGUAAUUGUGAUUUGAGUUUAUCUCUGAGCACCUUUCUACAGGCAGCUCUGUCUCUUACCUGUUUUCACAAAACCAAAACGCCUAACUCUGCCAUUUCGCAAACAAGAAUAUCUUAGUGGUCCUCAGAACUAGAAGCAGUGGGAAUUCUUGACUCUAGUCGUGGUGGGUUUGCUGACUGAGAUGGGGCAAGUCCCAUCAUCACAUGUGGAUGAAGUCAGUGCUUUGAGAUUCUUGGAUGAAGGAGGGGACCCCCCCCCCCC